GCCGGGGGGAGGACGGCGCUGAAGCGGGGCCCCGGGCUUGGGGCACUGAGGCUGAGCUGUCGGAGCCGAGCCCCGGGCCGGGCUGCCCUACGUGGAGGAGAUGGCGGCGGCCGCGGAGGAAGGGAUGGAGCCCCGGGCUCUCCAGUACGAGCAGACCCUGAUGUAUGGCCGGUACACCCAGGACCUCAGUGCCUUUGCCAAGGAGGAGGCUGCCCGGAUCCGGCUGGGGGGCGCCGAGCCCUGGAAGGGGCCUCCUUCUCCCCGGGCGCCCCCCGAGCUCCUGGAGUACGGACAAAGCCGCUGUGCCCGAUGCCGCAUCUGCUCUGUCCGCUGUCAUAAGUUCCUGAUCUCGAGGGUUGGUGAAGACUGGAUCUUCCUGGUGUUGCUGGGGCUGCUCAUGGCGCUGGUCAGCUGGGCCAUGGACUAUGCUAUUGCUGCCUGUCUGCAGGCCCAGCAGUGGAUGUCCCGGGGCUUGGACACCAGCCUCCUGCUGCAGUAUCUGGCCUGGGUCACCUACCCCGUGGUCCUCAUCACCUUCUCGGCCGGAUUCACCCAGAUCCUGGCCCCCCAAGCCGUCGGCUCUGGGAUCCCAGAGAUGAAGACCAUUCUCCGGGGCGUCGUGCUGAAGGAGUACCUCACGCUCAAAACCCUCGUGGCCAAGGUCAUCGGGCUGACCUGCGCCCUGGGAAGCGGCAUGCCCCUGGGCAAGGAGGGCCCCUUUGUGCACAUCGCCAGCAUGUGUGCGGCGCUCCUCAGCAAGUUCCUCUCCCUCUUUGGGGGCAUCUACGAGAAUGAGUCGAGGAACACGGAGAUGCUGGCAGCCGCCUGUGCUGUGGGCGUUGGCUGCUGCUUUGCUGCUCCCAUCGGAGGAGUCCUGUUCAGCAUUGAGGUCACCUCCACCUUCUUCGCCGUCCGUAACUACUGGCGGGGCUUCUUUGCCGCCACCUUCAGCGCCUUCAUUUUCCGGGUUCUGGCGGUCUGGAAUCGGGAUGAAGAGACCAUCACCGCCCUCUUCAAAACGCGGUUCCGCCUUGACUUCCCUUUUGACCUACAGGAGCUGCCGGCCUUCGCCGUCAUCGGAAUUGCAAGCGGCUUUGGGGGGGCCUUGUUUGUCUACCUGAACCGCAAGAUCGUCCAGGUGAUGCGGAAGCAAAAAACCAUCAACCGCUUCCUGAUGAAGAAGCGCCUGCUCUUCCCAGCGCUGGUGACCCUGCUCAUCUCCACCCUGACCUUCCCGCCUGGCUUUGGCCAGUUCAUGGCUGGACAGCUCUCCCAGAAGGAGACUCUGGUCACUCUGUUCGACAACCGGACCUGGGUGCGCCAGGGUAUCGUGGAGGACCUGGAGAUGCCCAGCACUUCCCAGGCCUGGAGCCCCCCGCGCGCCAACGUCUUCCUCACCCUCGUCAUCUUCAUCCUCAUGAAGUUCUGGAUGUCGGCUCUGGCCACCACCAUCCCUGUGCCCUGUGGAGCCUUCAUGCCGGUCUUUGUGAUUGGAGCAGCGUUCGGGCGCCUGGUCGGGGAGAGCAUGGCUGCGUGGUUCCCUGACGGGAUCCACACGGACGGCAGCACCUAUCGGAUAGUGCCCGGGGGCUACGCUGUGGUCGGUGAGGACGCCCCCAGAACCCAGCCUCCCUGGGACCGCUUCUCUCGGGAUUCUGGGCCCAGGCUCCGGCUCUCAGGCUCUCGGGCUCUGCUGCCACCUGCUGGCGGAAAAAGGCCUUUCUCCCUCUUUACCAUCUGCAGUGGCCACCUGUGUGGCCGUCUCAGUGACGUGUGUGGGGGUGGGAAUGGGCCGGCUGGGGGCUCUCCCCGGGACACGUGGGUGCUCUUCCCGCCCUCCCUCUGCAGCAUCAUCCGCCGAAGCGCCCCCUGCCGGCAGGUGGGGCCGACACCGCAGUACCGGGUUCGGGUCGAGGACAUCAUGGUGCGGGACGUACCCCACAUCGCCCUCAACAGCACCUUCCGGGACCUUCGGAUGGCAUUACACCGCACCAAGGGCCGGACCCUGGCGCUCGUGGAGUCCCCAGAGUCCAUGAUCCUGCUGGGAUCCAUGGAGCGCUCCCAGGUGGUGGCCCUGCUCAGCGCCCAGCUCAGCCCUGCCCGGCGCAGGCAGUACCAGCGGGAACAGAGGGCCGCCCAGGUCUCUCCGCCGCCAGAACAGGAGGACCCCCACGGGCCGGAGGCCGGCGUCCGGUUCCAGGUGAGCGGCGAGGAAUCGGGACUCCCGCCCGCCCGGGGGCAGCCGCGGAAGCCGCUGAAGCCGGCCCUCAAACGGGGGCCCAGUCCUGGGGUAGAAAGCGCCCCGGGGGUCCACGAGCCGGCGGGCAUCGCCCUCAGGAGCCUCUUCUGCGCCAGCCCCCCGGCAGAGGGGGGCUCGGAGCUGGAAAAGCCGGAAGCGGGCGACAAGCGCAAGCUGAAGAGGGUGCGCAUCUCCGUGGCGGUAAGUGCGGCCCCCCUCCCCCCCUCCGGGUCCCCCAGCCCCGGGCCGGCGGCCGGGCCCCGCCCACCUCUCCCGCUUCUCUUCCAGAGCGACCCACCUGGACCGGGAGAGAGGCCGAGGGAGGCCGGGGCCGGGGCGGAUCGACCGGCCCUUUUGUUGGUGGAGAGGACGUCCCUGCACAAGACUCACACCAUCUUCUCGCUGCUGGGAGUGGACCACGCUUACGUCACCAGCAUCGGCCGGCUCAUCGGCAUCGUCACGCUUAAGGAGCUUCGGAAAGCCAUCGAGGGAUCUGUCACAGCCCAGGGUGUCAAAGUCAGGCCGCCGCUGGCCAGCUUCCGAGACAGCGCCACCAGCAGCAGUGACACGGAGACUACAGAGGUGCACUCCCUGUGGGGCCGGCGCCCCCGCCACAGCCCACCCCAUGAGGGCAGCCCCUCGGACAGCGACGACAAGUGCCAGUGAGGGCGGCGCGACGCCCACGUCCCCUUGGACGGGAGCCACAGCCUCUUCCGGGAGAUCUGGAACCAAGCAGGCACCAGCCCUCCCCUCCGGACUGGGGCUGCCAGCUGCACCCAGGGUAUCUCCCCCUGGGGAGGCUUACGAGCGGGCGGCUGCUGGACUUUCGGGGGCAGAGGAGGGACCAGGGCUGCCCAGCUGCGGCCCCUCUCCUGGAGAACAGGACCGGAAGGGGGGACGCCCCUCCUGGAACCUCCAGGGACCAGAUGUACAUAGAGAUUUACAAAGAUUUUUAUAUUAAUUUAAUAAAACAGAUUCUUAAAUAGAACA